AGUUGGUUUUUCGGUCCACGUCAAACGAAAUGUUGUAGGCGAAAAUAAAGAUUGAUUUUCUUUAAUUUAAAAAAGUACAAUGAACUAGUUUGCUCUUUCAAUUGGUUUAAGUUCACCAAGCAAACGCGCUUUUUUUUUACACAAAUCGAACCGCAAUGGGUAUUUUGUUUAGCUAUUUCAAGAGCCUAAUCGGGGCCAGGGAGAUGAGAAUUUUGAUACUGGGCCUGGACGGUGCUGGGAAGACGACGAUUUUGUAUAGGUUACAAGUAGGUGAAGUAGUCACCACAAUUCCGACCAUCGGGUUUAAUGUAGAACAAGUGACAUACAAAAACCUCAAAUUCCAAGUGUGGGAUCUGGGCGGACAGACUAGCAUAAGGCCCUAUUGGAGAUGUUACUACAGCAAUACGGAUGCUAUAAUUUAUGUGGUUGACUCAGCAGACAAAGAAAGAAUGGGUAUAUCCAAAGAUGAGUUAUUUCACAUGCUCAGAGAGGAAGAGUUAGCAGAUGCGAUAUUGGUGGUGUUGGCCAACAAACAAGACAUUCCGGGUUGUAUGUCGCUAAAGGAAGUCCACCAAGCGCUAGGACUCGAGGCGUUAAAGAAUCGGACGUUCCAGAUUUUCAAGACAUCGGCAACAAAAGGCGAAGGCCUGGACAUGGCCAUGGAGUGGCUCGCCAAUGCCUUAAAAAGUCGAAAGUAACCGCUGCGAGCGCGAGUGUGGUUUGUAAUUUGUUUUCUAGUCUUAAAGAAUGUAUAAAUGGUUCACAGCACAGACUUGCCUAAGGAUUACCGGGAACACAGGUUUCAAUCUACCCUGUAACCGUUUAUGCAAAUUAUCAACAUAUUUUUCCAAGAUAUGACCAUAUUUGAAAUUUUUUGUUCAUUUGUAUUUAGUGUGUUAUUUUUCAUUCCAAUUUCAGUAUUGCUUUUCGAAUCCACCGAAAAAUAUGUUGGCCGGAUUUUUUUCUGAAAACGCGGCCAUUUUAAUCUUAUUUAUUUUUUGUGUUAUCAAAUCUCGGCAUUAUCAAUGUAGUUAGUGUGUAAAUAUGUAAUUGUAGCUUUUACAUUAAACAUUAUCUGUGAGUUUUA